AUAGGAGCUUUACAAAAUCUAGAAAUUCUGCAUAUCGGCACCCCUGACGAGUUACAAUUAACUGAUGGUAUUUUUAGGAUGAGAAAGCUCCAAGAUUUAAAAGCUUCAAACGUCAGCUUUAGGGAAAUAAUGGACAUUUCACAAUUGAACCCCUUAAGGACAUUAUAUAUGGAGGAUUGCAAGAUGCAUGAAGUUCGAGGUCUUGACAAAUUGAUAUAUUUGGAAAGCUUGAUCAUCAGAAUGUGUCAUUCAAUUGAAAGGUUGGAUCUUCCAAAAUCUAAGAAUUUGAAGAUAAUGCGCGUUGAGGAUUGCCAAAACAUAGUUGAGAUUCAAAGCCUCAAUCGGUUGGAGUUCUUGGAAGAAUUAAAGAUCAAUCUUUGCCCUUCAAUUGAAAGGCUAGACCUCACAAAGUUUGAGGGUAUAAAAAUCUUAUAUAUUGAUUGUGAAAACUUAGUUGAAAUUCAAGGUCUCAAUAGGCUGAAGUUCUUGGAAAAUCUACGUAUUGAUGCGUGCAAAAUUGAAAAGCUGGACGUUCCAAAGGGUUUGAAGAUAAUAUGUUAUAGAACUAAAGAUCCGUUACGUAAAAGUGAAAGACUUGAUAGGUUAACGAUGUUGAAAAACGUGGAAUUUUGUAGCGCACAUUCAAGUGAAAAGCGAAGUCGUGAUGGUUGCAGAAUUCAAGGCCUCGAUAGGAUGAUGCUCUUGGAUUCCCUUCAUAUCUCGUUGGUUUCGAUUGAAAGGUUGGACCUUUCAAAAUCCAAUGGUCUGAGGACUUUACAUCUUGAAUAUUGUGAAAACUUAGUUGAAAUUCAAGGCCUCAAUAAGUUGAAGUUCUUGAGAGAGAUAAUAAUCGUUGAGUGCAAUGCAAUUGAACAGCUGGACCUUUCAAACUCUAAGGGUUUGGAAGAGAUAAAAAUCUUUUCAUGCAAUGCAAUUAAACGGCUGGACCUUGCAAAAUCUGAGGGUUUGAAGUUCUUGAGAGAGAUAGAUAUCCGUUUUUGCUAUGCAAUUGAACAGCUGGACCUUUCAAAAUCUGAGGGUUUGAAGAUAUUAUAUGUUCACGAGUGCAAAAACUUAGUCGAAAUUCAAGGCCUCGAUAAAUUGGAGUUCUUGGAAGACCUGCGAAUCUAUGUGUGCACUUCCCUUGUAAGGUUACCGAAUUUAUGUUGCUUUGACACCUUACAAAGUUUGGAAAUUAGGAAUUGUGACAAGCUUCAUGAUAUUCAGAACCUAGAGAGACUCACAUCCUGCAAGACUUUAUCUAUAUGCAAUUGCAAGUUCUUAGCAAAAUUACCAAACUUGUCAAAUUUUCAUAAUUUACAGUGUUUGUCACUGUUAUAUUGUGAUGAACUUCGGGAGAUCCCAGGACUUGAGAAGUUGACAUCCCUACGAUUUAUUGUUAUCUUGAAAUGUUGGUCGAUUGAAAUCUUACCUGAUUUUUCAUCAUGUACCAACUUGGUCAGUCUGAUUGUGCAAGAUUGUGUGAAACUGACUGAGCUUCAAGGGCUCGAGAAAUUGCAGCAACUUGUGGAAUUGGACAUUUCUGGAUGCAAGUCUCUCAAGACAAUACCAGAAUUAUCUAGAGGGCGGCUUUAUCAAAAUUACGAGCUAAAGCUAGGAGCGAUGCUAGUCGGAGAAGCUAGGAAGUCGAUAAUAGGUGUGGAGACAGUUGGGACGAUCUGCAUUUCCUAAAGAGGGUACAUGAAGCACAAUCCAGGGGCGAGGUUCAUGGAAAUGGUCGAAAGGCCUUCUACGUGCAUCAUUGUUUUCAAUCAUCUGAUGAUUUGAUUAUCAUCCAUCUGGUUGUGAUGUAAAUGCCGAGAUGCCCGAAAGAGCUUUCGAAAGGCAAUUCUAAAAGGAAGCUUAAUGUUGCUUGGACUUCUCCAAAUGCUGAUGAUACAUCCGUGGAACGGUAAGGAUGUCCACAUGUUGUUAUCCCAUAUUGCCCUUAUCACCUUCUAUAGAAAGCUUUGCAGAGCUGAAACCGUUUGUGAACAUAAAAGAUUUCUGAAAUACUGAAUGUCUUGCCAAUCAGGUUGAUAUAGUGCCCAAUAAUUUGCAAUUGUAUUUCAAUUUGCCACCAUAAAUGGCACCUGCAUGGAGCUUUGUUGGAAUCUUUAUUUGAAGGGAGUUGUCUGUGAUUUUCGGUUUGGUUUUUCGUGCUUAAAUGGAAGCCAUUCGAUAUUUGCCUGAUAAACUUUGUCGGGUCAAUAAAGAAGUUAAGAGGUUUCUACUUUGGGAAGUUGCGGUUGGAGUUGGUUUGGAUUUGAUGUAUCCGCUGCCGUCGGAUGUCUCGGAGACACAGUUUC